CGGCACUCUGUGCCGGAGCUGUGUGCUGUUGUAGGGGAGAGAGGCAAUGGUAGGGAGUCUCGCUGGGGGCGCAGGACGGCGCCUAUGGAGCUGGGUGCCCCCGGCCUGCAGAAGUUUCUCUCUGGGUGUUCCUGAUUUGUAUUUUGUAAGGCUCACCGUCCCGGCCCCCAAAGUGGUUGAUCGUUGGAAUGAGAAGAGGGCCAUGUUUGGGGUGUAUGAUAACAUUGGGAUUCUGGGAAAUUUUGAAAAGCAUCCCAAAGAACUAAUCAAGGGCCCCAGAUGGCUUCGAGGCUGGAAGGGGAAUGAAUUGCAGCGCUGUAUCCGAAAGAAGAAAAUGGUUGGAAAUCGUAUGUUCAUUGAUGACCUGCACAACCUUAACAAACGCAUCAGCUAUCUCUAUAAACACUUUAACCGUCAUGGAAAGUACCGGUAGACGAGAAAGCUGGGGACUAUGGAAGGAACAUAUCUACCAUCCAGGAGAAGGGAAAUAGUACUUUUCCCUAUGAGGAAAGGGAUUUGUAUGUUCUCCUUAAUAAAAUGGGGCUUCUUUAGAA